AUAUGAGGGAGAGACAGAGAGAGGCAUGCUGUAGUGCAGAGGUUCCUCCUGUGAGGCAAGCCUCCAUCUCUCUGGUGUUCGUCCUGCUAGACAGAAUACAUCACAGUGAAUAAAUUACAGGGCUCCUUGCAGUAGGUUGAGUGCAUGUUGUUGUGCAGCUCAAGCUGCUGGGUUUUGUCCUAAGUCAACAGCUGGUUGAGCAGUGUCGAGAUCAGAGGCAGAGGGAGCUUCUUGCGAGGACAAGGAGAACGAAGAGGUGAACGAAAUUAGGUGCAGGCGCUAAAAAGUCAAAGUUGUGGUGUUGAUUGGGUUCUUCCACCUUAAAUGAGAAAUGUAGGGCGCCAAAGAUUUGAGUCAUCCCUGUAGCAGACUGAGGAGUAGAGGAGUGAAACGGGAAGACAACGUGGGAAACAGAAGUGGAAGGAUUCAGGAUGAUCCUGGGAAGUGUAAACCGACCGACGCCGGUCCCUGCCUUCCUCAGGAACCCACCUGUCCUCCCACCACCCCUGGACAUGAAACCUUUCCUCCAGUUUCCCCUAGAGUCGCCUCACCCGGCCAGCAUCGGCCUCUUCCACAACUUUAAUGCAAUGGACCCCGUCCAGAAGGCUGUGAUGACACACACAUUCGGGCCACCAAUUGUGAGGAUAAAGAGGCCAAUAAUCUCCUGCAACGUUUGUCAAAUACGCUUCAACUCAGAGAGUCAAGCAGAGGCCCACUAUAAGGGGAACCGCCAUGCUCGAAGGGUGAAGGGCAUCGAGACAUCCAAGACAUCACGUCUCCAGGAUGGAGAUAAACAGCAGGCUCCACCUCCAACCUCUCCAUCCCCACCAGGCCUUGCACCAUCCAGCCCGAUGCCUGAUCCUCAUCCUAACAAGCAGGAUGAUCCUCAGUCCUGUCCCAGCCUGAAAGAGUCACCCUUGACCUCUAACUACCUACCAACUACUUUGAUGAACUCAGCAGACGCAGAAUCAUCUGUCGGCAUGCCUUUGCCAUCCUCUCCCUCCUCUUCAGCAGCCCUCAGUAGCUCCUCUGGGGACCCAUCAGUGGCUGCUAUACCUGACACCCCCUCCCCAGCACCGAGCCCGUCUUCGGGAGAGUCAGAGGAAGAGAAAGCCAAGAAGCUUCUGUACUGCUCUCUCUGCAAAGUAGCAGUUAAUUCCCUCUCACAGCUGGAGGCACAUAACAAAGGGACCAAACACAAAACUAUCCUGGAGGCUCGAAGUGGACUGGGACCCAUCAAAGCAUACCCACGCUUGGGUCCUAAACCCAGCCCUGAGCAGGGAGGGGAACUCUCCUCUGAUCCAAACACUCAGGAACGCACCUUCCACUGUGAGAUAUGUAACGUCAGAGUCAACUCUGAGCUGCAGCUUAAACAGCAUAUAUCGAGCAGAAGGCAUCGAGACGGAGUUGCGGGUAAACCUAAUCCUCUUCUCAGUAGACACAAGAAGCGCACAGACUUUAUGGAACUUUCAAAAACUCUAGGGCCUGGACUUUUACCAAGUCCUCUGGCUGUUGCAGCAGCGAUGGCAGCUGCAGCGUCAUCGAAUCAGCUGGCCCUACGCCCCCCUGGACUGACCUCCCACCCUCACCCACAUCUACUACAGGGAACACCCCUCAGCUUGCUGAGGCCAGCCCCGGGUCCCAUCCGCACCACACAUGGGCCCAUCCUUUUCACUCCUUACUAACAGUGAGGUAAUAAAGAUGAAUCAGGAAGAAGCACACUGUGAACUGGAGGCAACCAUGCGCCACUGAAAGCCAAACUGGCUGGUCUGGCUGCACAUUUUAUUUUAUUUAUAAAAGAUAUAAAUAUUACUCCUUAUUGUGUUGAGAUGUUUCUAUUCUGUUUAGUUUACCUUCGUCACCUGAGUAUCGGUUGGCAUUCAAAAUCUACGGCUUUUUCAAGUAUUUAAAUUCUGCAAUUAAGCAUCUUCAACUAUUACAGAGUGCCUUGCAAAUGUAUUCAUUCUCCUUGAAUGUUUUUAACUGUGUUACUGGUAUUUAAUAUGACAGACCAACACGAACUGAACGAUAUGAAAAGGGCAGUGUUUGUUUGUUGUUUUUUACUUAUUUGUCUUUGCAAAAUAACCCCAGCUCAGUCUGUGAACAGCAGUUUAGAAGUCUAACCAGAUUUACUUUUGGACUUUCACUGUGCCAUCACCACUGGUAGCUGCAGUGCUGAAAGGUGAACCUCUUCGCCAGCCUCCGGUCUUUUGUAACCUUAAAGAGGUAUCCUACCAGGAGUUGUUUUUAGCAACUCCAACCUGAUUUCCUGUUACUGCCCAAGUGACAAAAACCAGACAUAUUGCUUUUCAUGAUGGCCACAAUGUUCAGUUUUGGUCUCAUCAGACCAAAGCACCUGGUUCAAUGUGUUUGUGGUGUCACAUGGAUAUUAGCAAACUAUAAACAGUCAGAUUUGUGGAGUGCAUAACUAAUAGUUGUCCUGCUGACAUAUUCUCCCCCCUUAGCUGCAGCUGCUCCAGAGUUACCAUGGGCCUCUUGGCUGCUUCUCUCAAUCCUUGCCAAGCCUUUCAUGUAGAGUGACAUGUCUUGGUAGGUCUGCGGUUGUGCCAUAUAGGGAGAUGUUCAAUCCUUGAGAUUUUGUUUCAUAACCUAACUCUGCUUUAAGCUACUCCACAACUGUUUCUCUGAUCUCUCUGCUGUGUUCCUUGAUCUUGAUGAUGCUGUUUGUUAACCAGUAUUUCCCAACAAACCUUCUUCUUGAGGCAGUUGGAGGCACUUUAGACUUAUCGCGGGAUAAAGGGUUCUGAAUACAAAUGCAUAACACUCUUUUUUUAGAAUUUAUUUGUAAAAAAAAAGUUUAAAAACAAAUUUCCUUCAACUUCACAGUAAUGUAUCCCUUUGUGUUGCUUUAUGAAUUAGAAUCCCAAGAAAACAUGAAAAAAUGUAAAAAAGUUCAAGAAGUAUUAAUAUUUCUGGAAGGCACUGUUAAGAUCCUAUGCGACAGACUCAAAACCCUACCUCUCUUUUGUUCAUCUCUCUUCAUUACAAAUUUAUAGCAACUGUAUUAUAAAACAGAAUUAGAUGUAGGAGAUCCAACUGCAGUUAGCUGGACUCAUACCUUAGCUGUCCUUGUAGAAUGGAUUGCACCACUGUAAUGUUCUGCUGUUGUGUCUCACACAAUGUGCAGGUGACUCUCUGUGGUUUGGUUGCUUUUUAACAGCUGGACUAUAUUUGCCUCUGUGGGACACAAAAAAAAGAUGUCAUGGGAAAAUGGAAAUGAUAAGAAAUUACAUUGCGUCUUAAAACUGAAGUGAUAUACACAGGAAUUUGUGAAGACGAACCUGCUGUUGCACUAUGCACAUUUCAGGAUUUGUUUUUUGUGUUCUGUGUGCAAUGCAGUUAAACUGGAGUAAAUGCAAAAAGAAAAUACACAUUACAGUUUUUUGUUUUUUUACUGACUGAAGAUAUUGUGCCACUAGUUAACUUUUUAAAGAAUCCUAAAUUAUUGCAGAAUCUCCUCAAACAGCUACCAUUCUGACACAAAUCUUGCAGAACACACUAUUUGGUAAGAAGUCUGCAUGUCGAUAUCCUCAUUUUCUUACCCGCACCGCACAGCUAGAAGCUUUCAGUGUCCUCUUGAAAUAACUUUCACACUGUGGGCACAGCAGGACAACAACUCCUUUAUGACUUCUGGCCCAGGUCCCUAUCAUGUGGGCACACAAAAACAAAAAAUAACCACCUUUCACCAGAAACCGCCCUGGAGGACAGAGGAAACAGUGGGAGGAAAGACCCCAGCAUAAUGUUAAUUAGAGGACAUGUACAGGACCACAUCCACUGAUGAAUAGAUGUAUGCAAAGACUAACAAAGAAACAAAAGAAGGUCACAUUUCUGGAUCAUAUUGGACUUGGGUAACAGUAUUUUUGUCUGGUCUGCCUUGUGUGUUCUGGUCCCCCAAAGUAACUACCAAAGUUCUCAAUAAGAAUUUGGAAAUUAUUAGAAGAAAACUUUAGGAAAUGGGAAAUGUAGCAAUACCGUAAGCACUUCUGUUACAUGUUUUCUGUCAACUGCAAUAAAAACAUGUAGAUAAAUGUAAUGAUGUUCCUUAGGAGAAGUUUAUUGAAACUUUACUGUAAAUGUAGAUUAUUUUAAAAAAACAAGAAACUGUUCAUGUUGGGGCUAAAUAAUUGUUAGAUUUAAACUAUGAAAUCAUUAAACUGAGUUUAUGGUCAAAAGAA